GCUGCCAAUACCUUUUCCUUUGAGAUGGCUGUGCAGGUCCCCAGCCUCCUCCUUGCAGCAGCUGCGGUGCUGAUGGUGCAGAGCAGCCCGGGGGCCGAGGGCAGAGACUCCCCAAGGGAUUUCGUGUUCCAGUUCAAGGGCCUGUGCUACUACACCAACGGGACGCAGCGCAUGCGGGGUGUGACCAGGUACAUCUACAACCGGGAGGAGUUCGUGCGCUACGACAGCGACGUGGGCAAGUUCAUCGCGGUGACCGAGCUGGGGCGGCCGGACGCCGAGGACUGGAACAGCCAGAAGGAGCUCCUGGAGCGGGCGCGGGCCGAGGCAGACACGGUGUGCAGACACAACUACGAGGAGACGGAGGUCCCCACGGCCCUGAGGCGGCGUGAGCAGCCCAAGGUGACCAUCUCCCUGUCCAGGAAGGAGGUCCUCAACCACCACAACAGGCUGGUCUGCUCGGUGACCGAUUUCUACCCAGCCCAGAUCAAAGUGCGCUGGUUCCGGAAUGGCCAGGAGCAGACGGAGGGAGUUGAGUCCACACAGCUUAUUAAGAACGGGGACUGGACCUACCAGAUCCUGGUCAUGCUGGAGAUGACCCCUGAGCGGGGAGACGUCUACACCUGCCACGUGGAGCACCCCAGCCUGCAGAGUCCCAUCACCGUGGAGUGGAGUGCACAGUCUGAGUCUGCCCAGAGCAAGAUGCUAAGCGGCAUUGGGGGCUUUGUGCUGGGGCUCAUCUUCCUCGGGCUGGGCCUUUUCGUCCGUCACAGGAGUCAGAAGGGACCCCGUGGACCUCCCGCAACAGGGCUCCUACAGUGAUCCAUGAGAAUGUUUUGACUGAGUUUGCUGUAAGAUCUGCAUAUCCCUGCCUUCAGUUCCUGCCUGUGCCAGCCUGCCUGUCCCUCUCUGAUUCAUAGUUUAGCAUGGGGGCAGUGUACCCACCUGCUCAGUUGUUGUGAUUCCCUGACUCCCCAAGGCUCUAUCUUUGGCUCUGCUCUUGGGCUGAUUCCAGAGACCAUUGUGUACUGCAGCACCAUCUACUCAGACCCCAGGCCUUCAGUUUCCACUGUCCCAAGGGACUGCUGAAGAGAUGCGCUGAAAACAUUUGCCUCCUUUCCAUAAUUAAACACAAUUAUGAAUUAUGUAUCCUGAACCUCCGUAACUGAGCAGGGGUGCGUGGGAGUGGUGUGGAACAAGGUGAUGGAGCCAAACUGGCUGGAAGUACAGGUUUCUGCUACAAAGGUGAUCGGAAGUAUCCUGGGCUUAGACUUUUGCUCUUCAGUGUCCUGUUCUCACAUCAUCCCAGCCUCUUCUGGGUUGGUGAGGACAGUGCAACUAAACAUGGUGGAAUUGUUGGGGGACAGAUGCCGUGACCUCUGACCACUGGUGUUCCAAAUGUGUCCUGUGGAGUCACAUUGAUUGGGGCUCACUUUCAUUUUUCAAAGAUCACAGUCAACAAUAACAGUAAUUUUUGUAGCUGCAAAUGAUAAGCAUCCAACUUAAUCUUAUCUUAUUGAUGUUGUAAGGAAGCUGGGUUGGUUUCAGAAGUGGCUAGAUAGAUAUUGUUGAUGAGAGUCAUCUUUC